GAGCCUGUGGGUCUCGGCACCAGGGGUUUGUGGAUGAGGAGCAGCUCCAGCUCAGGGCGGACCCCAGCCUCCAGGAGCAGGAAGACAGAGGACAUGUCCCGGCUGGUCUUCAGGGAGUGAACAGGGCGUGUUUGAUCCCGGCAUGGAGCCGGAGUGUUGGCGGCUGUGAGGACCGGAGGAGGACCACCCUGCUGCUGAUGGAGCGGCUCUGAACUUUGAGCAGCAUGGAGCAGACCGGUCCGCUCCCGGUCCUACAGUCCCGUCGGUGAGACUUCAGUGUCGGAGGUGAUGCUUCUUCAUUUCCUCUCUGCUCGCAGUAGUUUCGGUGAGAUUUGCUCUGACCCACGAUGGCCCGCUUCGAAGACGAACCAUCCAGCCGCUACGGAGGCAGCUGUCCCGCGGGGCCGCCCCGAGCCGGGGCCAGCCGGCAGCCGGGGCCUCCGGGGGGCCAGCGGAUGUACAAGCAGACCAUGGCCCAGAGAGCCCGGACCAUGGCUAUUUACAACCCGAUCCCGGUCAAACAGAACUGCCUGACGGUGAACCGCUCCCUCUUCAUCUUCAGCGAGGACAACAUCAUCCGGAAGUAUGCCAAGAAGAUCACAGAGUGGCCUCCAUUUGAGUACAUGAUCCUGGCUACCAUCAUAGCAAACUGCAUUGUCCUGGCUUUGGAGCAGCACCUGCCAGUCUCAGAUAAAACCCCGCUGUCAGAACGUUUGGAUGACACAGAGCCCUACUUUAUUGGAAUAUUUUGUUUUGAAGCUGGAAUCAAGAUCAUUGCUCUGGGCUUUGCUUUUCACAAAGGCUCCUACCUCCGUAAUGGCUGGAACGUAAUGGACUUUGUGGUGGUCCUAACAGGGAUUUUGGCCACGGUGGGGGCUGACUUUGACCUGAGAACGCUGAGAGCAGUGAGGGUACUGCGGCCCCUUAAACUCGUCUCUGGCAUUCCAAGUCUUCAGGUGGUGUUGAAGUCGAUAAUGAAAGCCAUGGUGCCUCUGCUGCAGAUCGGCUUGCUGCUCUUCUUCGCCAUCCUCAUGUUCGCCAUCAUCGGUCUGGACUUCUACAUGGGCAGGUUCCAUCUCACAUGUUUCAGGAUCGACACAAAAGAGCGGGCAGCAGAUUACCCCUGUGGCCACGUGGCUCCGGCUCGGACCUGUGAAAACGGGACUAUCUGCAGAGAUUACUGGCUCGGACCUAAUUUUGGGAUUACCAAUUUUGACAACAUCCUUUUUGCUGUUCUCACCGUCUUUCAGUGCAUCACCAUGGAGGGAUGGGUGGACAUCCUGUACAAUGCCAAUGACGCCACAGGAAACACGUGGAACUGGCUCUACUUCAUCCCCCUCAUCAUCAUCGGUUCCUUCUUCAUGCUCAACCUGGUGCUUGGUGUCCUGUCAGGGGAAUUUGCAAAAGAAAGGGAGCGUGUGGAGAAGAGGCAGGAGUUCUUGAAGCUUCGCAGACAACAACAAAUUGAGAGAGAGUUAACUGGUUACCUGGAGUGGAUCUGCAAAGCAGAGGAAGUGAUGCUGGCAGAAGAAGAUAAAAACGCAGAGGAGAAAUCCCUGGAUGGAGCAUGGUACAAAAGAAAACACAACAACUCUGUGGCCCCCCAGGGUCCCCGUUUGCACGGGCCAGUGUGAAGAGCAAGAACGAGAGCUCAUCUUACUUAAGAAGAAAAGAAAAAAGGAUUCGCUUCACCAUCCGCCACCUGGUCAAGUCUCAGACCUUCUACUGGACUGUACUGUGUCUGGUUGGCCUCAAUACGCUGUGUGUGGCCAUAGUACACUAUGACCAGCCUGAGUGGCUAACUUAUGCAUUAUAUCUGGCUGAGUUUGUGUUCCUGGGCUUGUUCCUGGUUGAGAUGUCCAUGAAAAUGUACGGCCUUGGACCUCAGAACUACUUUCACUCUUCGUUCAACUGUUUUGACUUUGGGGUGAUUAUCGGCAGUAUUUUUGAGGUGAUCUGGGCUGCAAUGAAACCUGGUGCCUCAUUUGGGAUCAGUGUCCUUCGAGCACUAAGACUACUCCGGAUCUUCAAAGUCACCAAGUACUGGAACUCUUUGAGGAACUUGGUAGUAUCACUACUCAACUCCAUGAAGUCCAUAAUCAGUCUGCUGUUCCUGCUCUUCCUCUUCAUCGUUGUGUUUGCUCUGCUGGGCAUGCAGCUGUUCGGUGGACAGUUCAAUUUUGAAGAUGAAACACCAACAACUAACUUUGACACGUUCCCAGCAGCCAUCCUCACAGUGUUCCAGAUCCUAACAGGGGAGGACUGGAACGCUGUCAUGUACGACGGGAUUAAAUCACAGGGAGGUGUGCAUGGGGGAAUGUUCUCCUCCAUUUAUUUCAUCGUCCUCACUCUCUUUGGAAACUACACACUCCUAAAUGUCUUUUUGGCCAUUGCUGUUGACAACCUUGCAAACGCCCAGGAGCUGACUAAGGAUGAGGAGGAGCAGGAGGAGGCCAUCAAUAAGAAGCUUGCUCUCCAGAAGGCCAAGGAGAUAAAGGAGGUCAGCCCCAUGUCUGCUGCUAACAUUUCCCUCACAGCGAGUUAUGUCUGCACCCCAGUCCAUCACUACCUGAGUAAAGAGCAGCAGAGACCCAUGAAAGCUAUGUCAAUGUGGGAGCAGAAAGCCAGCCAGCUGCGGAGGCAGAACCGAGCGAGCUGCGAGGCUCUGUACGAGCCGGACGAGUCCGUCGGCCUGCCCUCAGACCUCCACAUCCGCCCCGACAUGAAGACCCACCUCGAUCGGCCCCUGGUUGUUGGCCACUGUGAUGGGCCUCUGCUGGGUGGCCAUCAGCAUCACUGUCACAAGGCCUGCACUUCAGAGGACGCCGAGACCACCGCUGAGCCACCUCCCACUUCUCACCAUCCUCGCCACCACCACCGCCACCGAGACAGAGAUCGGACCAAAGUAAACGACAAGACCAACGACAACUGUGACGGCAGCAAGGAGCGGAGGCACCACGUUCACCACAGCCGCUCCAAAGACCACGACUCCAGUCGAGUCAAAGAGGGGAGAGGCGAGAGGUCCCGCAGCAGAGAAGGCGGAAGGAGACAUCAUCAUCAUCAGACGUCAGUAGAUGAGAGYGCAGGUGUGGCUAUCACAAGUGAGAAAGAGCACCAUCGUCAUCAUUCUCAUCGACAGUCCAGAGGGGGGAAUGGAACAGUGAGCAGUGGAGGAGCGGGAGAGCGGAGACCCCACCGAAAAGAUGGAUCUAACAGGGACAGUGACCGAAGUACCAGAGGAGACAGCAGAGCCAACGGAGAGAGGAGGAGACAUCGCACUCAUGGGUCCAGAGGCCAGUCCAAAGAUGAAGGAGAGGAAACCAGCGAGAGAGACAAGAUACUUACUAACAGGUUUGGAGACUCCGAGGGAGAGUCCUCCCAGCAGCAGGGCUCCGGGGGAACGCCUGGCUUCCCAGAGGACACGGACAACCAGAGAAAUGUUCAACGCACAGACCAAACCUCCAUCCACAUUCCUCCUGUGACUGUCACCUCCCCACCAGGAGACAUGUCACACAUGCCAAUGAACAGUAUUGACUGUGAAGCACUGCCUAUGAAUGAGAAGAACUUGGAGGAUCUCUGUCAGUCUGGACCAAGACCCAUCCUGCCUCACAGCUCAAUGUUCAUCUUUGGACAGACCAAUCCGGUGAGGCGGUUGUGUCACUACGUUGUGACGCUGCGGUACUUUGAGAUGUCCAUCCUGGUUGUCAUUGCAAUGAGCAGCAUCGCCCUGGCAGCAGAGGACCCCGUGUGGACCCACGCUCCUCGCAACAAUGUCCUCAAAUAUCUGGACUAUGCCUUCACUGGAGUUUUCACUUUUGAAAUGGUGAUCAAAAUGGUAGACCUGGGCCUGCUGCUUCAUCCUGGAUCCUACUUCAGAGACCUGUGGAACAUUCUGGACUUUAUUGUGGUCAGUGGGGCGCUGGUGGCAUUUGCAUUUUCGGGGACUAAAGGCAAAGAUAUCAGCACCAUUAAGUCCCUGAGGGUCCUACGAGUUCUCAGGCCUCUCAAGACCAUCAAACGACUGCCCAAACUAAAGGCGGUGUUUGACUGCGUGGUCAACUCUCUGAAGAACGUGCUGAACAUCCUCAUCGUUUACAUCCUCUUCAUGUUCAUUUUUGCUGUUAUUGCAGUUCAGCUAUUCAAGGGCAAAUUCUUCUAUUGCACCGAUGAGUCCAAAACCUUGGAAAAGGACUGCAAAGGACAGUUCCUAGACUACGACAAAGAUGAGGUGGCAGCAAUGCCCCGAGAGUGGAAGAAAUACGAGUUCCACUAUGACAACGUGCUGUGGGCAUUCCUGACUCUUUUCACCGUGUCCACGGGAGAGGGCUGGCCCACUGUUUUGAAGCACUCUGUGGAUGCCACCUUUGAAGACCAGGGCCCCAGUCCAGGCUAUCGAAUAGAAAUGUCUAUCUUCUAUGUGGUCUACUUUGUGGUCUUCCCUUUCUUCUUUGUCAACAUCUUUGUUGCUUUGAUCAUUAUUACCUUCCAGGAGCAAGGAGACAAGGCUCUGUCUGAGUGUAGCUUGGAAAAGAAUGAGAGGGCUUGUAUUGACUUUGCCAUAAACGCCAAGCCUCUGACGCGCUACAUGCCUGAGGACACACAGUCCUUCCAGUACAGGAUGUGGAAGUUUGUCGUCUCAGCUCCGUUUGAGUACUCCAUCAUGAUAAUGAUUGCUGUCAACACAGUUGUUCUCAUGAUGAAGUUUCAUGGAGCUCCAGACUACUACGAUGCCAUGCUGAAGUACCUCAACAUAGUGUUCACCACUCUCUUCUCUCUGGAGUGCAUUCUGAAGAUCAUUGCUUUUGGUCUACUGAAUUAUCUGAAGGAUGCCUGGAAUGUGUUUGAYUUUGUGACAGUGUUGGGCAGCAUCACUGACAUCCUGGUAACUGAAAUCAAUACUACGGACAGGCUGCUGAAUCUGAGCUUCCUGAGGCUUUUUCGAGCUGCUCGCCUCAUCAAGCUGCUGAGGCAGGGCUACACCAUCCGCAUCCUGCUGUGGACCUUUGUCCAGUCGUUUAAGGCUCUGCCAUAUGUGUGUCUGCUGAUUGCCAUGCUGUUCUUUAUAUACGCCAUCAUAGGGAUGCAGGUGUUUGGUAACAUUAAGUUGAAUGACGACACAUCUAUAAACCAUCACAACAACUUCCGCACCUUUCUCCAGGCUCUCAUGCUGCUGUUCAGGAGUGCGACRGGAGAGGCCUGGCAUGAGAUCAUGUUGUCCUGUCUGAGCCAUCGAGCCUGCGACGAGCGCUCAGGGACCCACGGCAAAGAGUGCGGCAGUGAUUUCGCCUACUUCUACUUCGUCUCCUUUAUCUUCUUGUGCUCCUUCCUGAUGCUGAACCUGUUUGUGGCUGUCAUAAUGGAUAACUUUGAAUAUCUUACCAGAGACUCCUCCAUCCUGGGACCUCAUCACCUGGAUGAGUUUAUMCGGGUUUGGGCCGAGUAUGACCCUGCUGCUUGUGGCCGUAUCAAGUACCUCGAUAUGUAUCAGAUGCUGCUCCACAUGUCCCCACCCUUAGGUUUGGGAAAGAAAUGUCCACCAAGAGUCGCCUACAAGCGCCUUGUCAAAAUGAACAUGCCCAUUGCUGAUGACAACACGGUUCACUUCACCUCCACCCUGAUGGCCCUGAUUCGUACUGCGCUGGAGAUAAAACUGGCUUCAGGAAUAGUGGUCCAGCGAUUACUGGAUGCUGAGUUAAAGAAAGAAUUGUCCACAGUGUGGCCAAAUCUUUCUCAGAAGACUCUGGACCUGUUGGUGACGCCACACAAACCAGUGCAAGGUCGGGGCUCUGUUUAAGCCAUUGCUGCCUCUGACUCACAUGCAGGGCUCGCCCAGCCUUCUUCAGCCAAAGUCCAGUUCACCUCAGCGUCUGGCCAGUUCAAACUCCAUCAACAACGGAGGCAUGCUGCCAGGAUAUGACCUCAAACCCAAGCCAACGUCUUCCUGGGAGACGGAGAAGCCCAAAGACGUGGCCCGUGAUAGAACAAAGAGAUCCAUGUCCAAGGGUCCGUCGGAGGACAGAACAGACCCUGCCCUUAAUAAGGUGUCCGUAGAGAUGAAGAACAUGGAGUCCAGUGUUAACAGUACUAUACCAGUUCCUGGUUCAGGUUUGGAGAGCCAGGGCAGAGCUACUUCUAUGCCUCGACUCAGCGCUGAGGUCCAGAACCCGUCCCACUUUGCUCCAGGCUCUCUUCUGAUGUCUGCCACUGAUACCAGCCUYAUGACGCGCUCAGCCUCCACUGUGGCUCCACAGCGCCCUCAGGAGGUCAACCUGAGGGACUACACGCUGGAGAAACCUCGCCAGGAGCGAAGCCACCACCAUCACCACCCCCACCACCGCUGUCACCAUCGCAGAGACAGAGAGCGGGACAGAGAGAAGAGGMAGAGGCCUUUGGAUGCCCUUCCGGGUGGGCAUCCUCCCAGUUUGACUGGUGCAGCAGAUGAGGCGGGAUCUGAACCGGCAGCUUCCAAAGACCAAGUCCACCACCGAGGACGCUCCCAUGAGAGGAAACAUCAUCACUCCUCUGCAGACAAGCAGCGCUACUACUCCUGUGAUCGCUACUGCAGCCGGGACCACUGCUCCACAAAAUCUGCCACUGCCAGCUGUGCUGCCUCCCCCAGCGAGGAGCAGGAAAACAGCAACAAGCAGGGUAGUGGUUGGGUUAAAGGCAGCCCAGCGGCACCGAGAUCCAGUUCUAGCACACCAAGCCGUGGACGUCGGCAGCUCCCACAGACCCCACUCACCCCACGGCCCGGGGUGGCAUACAGGACUGCACAUUCCUCCCCGGUGCACCUUGUGUCCAGCCAGGGCUUUCAGAGUCCCGGCAGACUAAGUCGUGGCCUGUCGGACCACAACGCCCUCCGUCACAGCGGUUCCUACCAUUUCCCCUGUCCCGUUACUCGGAUCAGCUCCGAACCAUUUCUGGGCCAGGGUUAUGGCGAGGCCUUGAGCAGUCCUUACGGCAGCUUCCAGGACCAGUUGGAUGUCUUCCAGGAUGCGGCUUCACUGUCCCCAAGUCCCAGUGCUGAAUGCUCAUCUCGGACCACACUGCCUCGCACCAUGGGAGCACUACUUCCAACUCUUGGUGUAGACCCUGGUGUACCCAACGGGUACCACUUAAGCAUCGGGGGAAGCACUAGCCCAGGCUCUGGCAAUAGAGCCCUGAGGUACAGGAGGUAGAGAAAGAUGAAUGGUGCUAGCAUGGCUUAAAACCAACCUUUUUAUUCCAUUUUAAAUGAAUUGCGAUGAGUUUUAUCAUCUUCUUUAAAGGCUUUAGUUUACAUCGUCACUUUCUGUUGAAAUGCUGGAUUUUAUUUUGAACUCAAAGAGGAAGGGGUAGAAGAAACAUUUAAAAACAGGUUGUUUUAAUUUGGGUUUUUAUUUAAAGUGAAGUCAAUGUAGUUUGUGGAGACCACGUUGUGUUCUGUGGCUGUUUAAUGUUUUUUGUUGACACCACCAUAUUGACCGUCAGACACUUUAUUAUUUUAUUUUAAGAACAACAGAUGCUGAAAUGCUGUGUUCUACAUCUGCUUCAGUCAGUUACUUUUUAUGCAAUGGAUCUGCAGCUAUACAUAAUGCAUAUUUACGUUUUUUAAGAGAUGCGUCAUGGUCUGUGCAGUUGGCUAAGACAUGAAAAGCAAACCUUUGUCCUUUUUUCUUUAGCAAAUGGAAGAACUGCCUUAUUCCAUAAGAAGCAGAUUCAGCCGCAGAAGGCUUUAUUCAGCGUCUUGUUUGCUUUGGGAUCUGGUUUUAUGCAGCUGUCACUGAUCACCAGCUAAUUUUUAAUGGUGUACUUUUUGUCAUGAUCAUUAAAUAAUACCAUAUUUCUUUAUACAACAUUUAAAGACAUAAUCUUGUGUUAGAAGACAGGUCUUUACACAGACAUAUUCAGUUUGUGCCAGCCUGGACUCUGUAAUACCUCGUUGUACAUCAUCAGUCCAACAUGACAGCAGGUAGUAGUGCUGCAGAGAGAGUAUUUUCUCUUACACAUUGUAUGUUCUCAAGUUCUUAUCAAGGAUGUGUGGGGACAUGUUGUAUAGUCAGUGAAGAAAGCAGAAAGAUAAACAAUGUACAGUACUAUAAAUACCUCACAGGGUUGAUACUUCUGCUUAAUUACCAGGAUAGUCUGGUCAUUUUUAAAGCCAGCUUUUUGAAGUAGUUGGUACUUAAACUGAGGGUAUUUGUGUAGUUUUAUAGGUUUACAAAACAACUUUUUCUUCAAAAUAACAAAGCAGUGUGAAUUUACAUUAGCUAAUAUUAAUGCUUUAUUUUUUUGUUACAGUUUUCUCAACCAAAGAACUUCACUCAUCAGCCUGGUCUGUGCUCAGCACACAUGUACAUUCUAACAUGGACACUGGUGACAACCCAAACAAACAAUGUCAUCCAUAGUUCCAAGUUUAAUAUCAGUUAACACACUGUUCUGUCAAAGCAGUUUGUCGUUUUGGAGAAAGAUUUUAUCUGAAGCUGAUAAAAGGUUUGACUAGUUCUUCUUGUGGUCUGGUUGUGUCUCUCUGACUGAUGUCUCAGCUGAUGACUCAUUUUAAAAAUGGCCAGAUUAUCUUUUAAAGGUUAAACAUUUAUGUUGAGAAAUGUUUUUAUUGAAUCAUUUGAACGUGUGCAGUUGAGGCUCUUGACCAGCAAACACAGGAAACCUUUAAAAGUUGACAGGUCCAGUUUGAACAGAAACACCACGUCCUGUAGUUUCUGCAGCACCCUGUUGACUUGUUGGAGAGGACGUAGCCAGGCUUUGUGAAUGUAAACCUGCUGCUCUGAGGCCCAUGUGCUGUACAAAUUUAAAGUCAAAAUAAGAAACAAAAAAAAAAACUAAGCUAACAGAAGACAUGCAUGUAGGUACUUUGGUUUUCUUCUACAAAACAAAAAUAUACAUUUUUUAGGUUCUCUGAAAAUUCUAAACUGUCUUCAGGUGUGAGUGUGAAAAGUUGUCUGUCUCGUUUGUCUUCAUGUGGACCUAACCCCCUGCCCAGAGUACCCCCCCACCACCACCACCACCACACAUUUCUUGCCCAUUGACCACUGAAGAUAGACACCAGCUUCCCACAGGUUCUUCUUUUGUUUGCUUCAGGUUGGGUUCUUCACAGCAGACCAUCUCGCCCUGUCCCUAUAGUUCCCAAACUGGGGGGUAUGAUCUCUAGGUGGGCCUGGGACCUAACCAGUGGGAGGGGCACAAUGUUGAUUAAUGUUUUUCUUUUUCCCAGGCUGUAACAUAUAGCAGGUGGAACUAAUGUUGCAGUGCAUUGUUGCAUCUCGGACCUAUUUUAUGCACACACAAAACAACAAAUCUGUUGCAGUCAGGCAGUUAUUGUUCAAUAAC